AUGGAGUUGCGUGGACGCAAAAGGCGACUUGGAAAUACAAUUAGUGAAGAAAAUUGUAAAAACUGGACAGUUGAACGACGCUGCAUCCAGACUGCUGCUUCUUCUGCUACAUCAACAAGUGGAAUAAAACUUCCUAUCCUUGAGUUGCCUGUUCAUAUAAUAGUUGAUAUCCUUUCAAGACUUCCCUUAAAGGAUAUAUUGUGCUGUAGGUCUGUUUGCAAGACGAUCCUUAAACUGCUCAAGGAUCCCUAUUUUGCCAAAGUGCACCUGGCUAGAGCUCUCGCCACAACUAGCAAUCUGAUUCUUCAAAAACAUGGGAGCAAAUGGGGAUAUCUGUAUUUCUAUACAUUUGAUCUUGGUGAAGCCGAUUUGUCUUCAUGCUGCAGUGACGAUAGGAUAAGUCAUUCUCAUUUCCGUCAUCUACAUCCAUUAAGCAGGAUAAAUGCUGAUUUCUCGUUUCGCGGCAAAAAUCUUGCUUUUAUUGGUUCAUGUAAUGGACUGCUUUGUUUGUACUGUAAUUCACCCUCGAAACCUUUCUACAGUAUUUGCAAUCCUAUUCUUCGGGAAUACACAGAACUUCCUCAUCUUGCUGAAUCGACGCCAAGUUAUAUUUACUCAAAUUACUCGGCAUUUGGCUUCUGUUCAAAAACCAAGCAGUACAAGGUCAUCCGUUUCUUGUGUCCGACAUCUGUUGAUCCUCUCAACUCCAUACAUUCUAGUGGAAUGGUGGCAGACAUACAUACUCUUGGUUCGAAUUCAUGGAGAAGGAUUGAGAAUCCUGCCUGGCUGAAACAGCAACCAUUUGAUCCUUUUGUGAACGGGGCACUUCAUUGGAUAGCUGCCAGCCAAAAACCUUCUGAGCUUAUAAGUUCAUUUGACUUGGAGACAGAACAGUUCAGGCUCCUCCCACCACCACCUCACUUUAGCCUGCACUAUGUUAAAAAUAUCUCUUGGAUCAAUAUUGGAGUACUAAGAGAAUGCCUUUGUCUCUGCUAUAUUUAUGAGGAUGCUCAGUUUGAGGCAUGGGUAAUGAAAGAAUAUGGCGUUAAAGAUUCCUGGGCUAAAGAAUUUAGCAUUGACGUGAAAUUCUAUUGCAAGUUGCAAGUUGAGGAUUUGCAUCGGCCCAUUAAAUUUCUGAGUAAUGGGGAUUUGUGCUUUUUAUCUGCUUCUGACUCUCUAGUUUCUUUUAGUCCUAAGAAAAGAACUUUCAGAGAAUUGAAGAAAAUGGGACCUUGGCGAACUGAAGUCAGCGCACAUGUUUUAAGCUUCAUCUCCCUCAAGGAUGCAAUGGGAGCGGAAAGGCGUAAAUUGAAGAGCUUUAGGCGUGAGAUUAGUACUAAUAGCUGCAGGGAUCCUCAAUCCAUCUUCCAUUCUUCUAUUGACAUUAUCCAGAGUCUUCGGCAUCACUCAAAUCUCAGGUCUUACUGGGUUCAUUGCAGCUCUGGGUGCAGCACUGAUGUCUUCAAGAAACAAAGUGAUGUGUUUUCUUUCAGGGUUUAA